AGAAGAGGAGGAGGAGAAGGAGAAGGAGAAGGAGGUGAGGGGAGAAGGAAGAGGAAGAGGAAGAGGAGAAAGAGGAGAAGAAAGAGGAGAUGAGCUCGGUGGGUGACUCGACAAGUGCGGUGCUCGGCUGCUCGACGAAAGGCGGCAGAUAGCGCCAUUAGAAGAAAAGACCGACGCGUUGCUGGUACGAGAAACGCGAUGCCGAGCCGUUGCUCCGCGGCCCUGGCCCAAGAAGAAGGGGAAGAGGAGGAAGAGGAGGAGGGAGAGGACGAGGCCCACAGGCCCCGUCGACGUCGUCGACGAAGAAGACGAAGAUCCUACUGCUACCUCCUCUUUAGCGUUCCUCUCGUCUUCUUCCUUUCGUCUCUCUCAAUCGCGGAUGCUUUACCGUUUCAUCCUGUGCCGACGCACAAAGGGAUAACACGUAGAUCAUACAUCAGAUACUACGAGCCAGCAUCUUAUGACACGGUGGCAUUGAGACGUCAUCGUGACAGGACGCGUCGCGACGUUUCCGAUUCUACCGAAAAUCAACCUCUUCUUUUACGUUUGAAAGCAUUGGAUAGAUCGUGGACGAUACGAUUGAUUCGCGACGACACUAUCUUCAGUAAGGACGUAACGUUCGAAGGCACUCAUGGCUCUAUACCAUUCGACGUUUCACAUUCAUACGCUGGCACCGUCCUUGAGGACGAAAACGCAGUGGUACAGGGUGUGGUGACAACCGAUGGACUCUUCGAUGGUACGAUCGCGACCAAGUUCGAAGAGUUUUAUAUCGAACCAACUGCGAGAUAUCUCGAUGAGAACGAAGACACGUCUCCAACCUACCAUAGCAUCGCUUAUCGUACAUCCGACGUAACCGUGCCUCCGCAUCCAUUACCGUGUGCGAGUCAUCAAUUACACGAAGGCUCUCUUCGAGACACAUUUGAUAGAGGCAAGACUUACAACGAUACUUCAGAAGGAUUUUACGAGCCCUUGUUGGAUAAUAAAAUUGGUCUCUAUUCGAAGGAAAGCCAUGGGAGAAUAUUGAAUUUGGAAACGAAGAACGAAGCUCGUUACUACGAUAGAUCUAGCGGAGAUCGAGUAGCCAGACAUUUACACAAACGUGCGACCGUCGAUCCACGAAAAACAACUUGCAUGCUUUACUUGCAAGCUGAUCAUCAGUUUUUCGCUAGAUACGGCACGGAAGAAGCUUGCAUCGAAGUGAUGACGAGGCAUGUACAGAAGGUCAACUCUAUAUACAAACACACGGAUUUCAAUCAGGAUGGUAGACCGGAUAACAUCAGUUUCAUGAUAAAACGUGUGAAAGUUCAUAGCGAGGACGCUUUGAGGGAUCUCAAUUAUCGAUUUCCGGGUAAUUACGGUGUCGAGAAAUAUCUAGAAUUAUUUUCCGAGGAGGAUUACGAUGCGUUUUGUUUGGCUUACAUGUUCACGUAUCGGGACUUUGAAAUGGGAACGUUAGGUCUAGCUUGGACUGGAGAUUUGAAGAAUGCUGGAGGAGUUUGCGAAAAGAACGGGCAUUAUCGUGGUAGCAUGAAGUCCUUGAAUACUGGAAUAGUGACCCUGCUGAACUACGGAAAGCACGUUCCACCCGCGGUAUCUCACGUCACAUUGGCACACGAGAUCGGUCACAACUUCGGUUCGCCGCACGAUCCGGAACAAUGCACACCGGGCGGUGAAGAUGGAAAUUUCAUAAUGUUCGCCCGUGCAACCAGCGGUGACAAGCGUAACAACAAUCGUUUUAGUCCGUGUAGUUUGAACGCCAUAAAUCCUGUGCUCAACAGUAAGGCUCGUUCACCAAAAGGCUGUUUCACAGAACCUCAAGUAUCAUUGUGCGGAAACGGAGUCGUUGAGGACGGCGAAGAAUGCGAUUGUGGAUGGGAAGAAGAUUGUAGAGAUACUUGUUGUUUCCCUCAACGUCGUUAUCCACCUACAGAAGAGACCCCAUGUACACUUACGCCACGUUCAGUGUGCAGUCCUAGUCAAGGUCCAUGCUGUACAGCUGAAUGCAAUCUCAGGUUUGGAGAUAAGUGUAGGGAUGAUAACGGUUGUCGCGAUGCUAGCUUCUGCGACGGUAGAUCUCCCUAUUGUCCACCUUCGAUCAACAAACCCAAUAAAACUAUUUGCAAUCGUGAAUUGGUUUGCUUCAUGGGCGAAUGUACAGGAAGCAUUUGUCUUGCAUAUGGAUUAGAAUCUUGUCAAUGUAUUCCUGGUCCUAAUGAUCCUCCAACCAAAGCUUGUGAACUAUGUUGUCGUUUACCGGGUGAAAAUCAACCCUGUUUGUCAUCCUUCGAUUGGAAUUCACCACCGUACGAUAUUCCCGAUAUGUUCUCUAAACCUGGAACACCGUGUAAUGAUUAUAACGGUUACUGCGACGUCUUUCAAAAGUGUAGAGAAGUUGAUCCAAGUGGCCCGUUGGCAACGUUAAGAAAACUUUUAUUAUCCGAUGAAAGUCUCGCAACUGUUCGUCGUUGGGUAGCCGAUCAUUGGUACGCAGCGGCUCUUAUCAUUUUAGGAGCUAUAUCUUUAUUGGUUGUCAGUAUGAGGCUCCUAGGCAAGCGACCGGAUCAGAAACUCAAAUCGGUGACAAUAAUCCACAGCUCGACGACGGAAACGGUACGGUUGCCGCCGGAAGGUGCGGAGGGAGUGACGGUUCAUCCGGCAGCCGUUCGUGCAAAGCUUCCACUGAGCAGGAAAGUGAGAGAGAAGAGAAGACACCGGAAGCAUAAGGACACGCAUGCUGCUUCGGCCGAUAAAUCAAACAAGGAUGUUUUAAAGAAAAAGAAACAAAUGGCGAACCGGAGAUCCUCGACGGUGCCGGCCGAGGAAGUUGCCCGGAAACGACCAACGGAAACGUCAAACCCAACGACUGCUACCGUUACCGCUACUGCAGCAGCAGCAGCAGCAGCAGCAGCAGCGACGGCAGCAACGGCGGCGGCAGCGGCAGCUGGAGCCGUAAUGCAAGAUAAUAAACGUAAGAAGAGUUCAAACUCGAGGGAGAAGCAAAAUUUAUCUAACAAUGCACCCGGUAAUUCCGAGCUAGAUAAACGCAAACGAAAGAAACAACAUAGGAAAGAAGUCAUUGAUUAUUCCGCUAUACAAGCGGAAAAAGAAGCCGAACCGAAUGCCGAUCCUAAAAACAAAGUACGGUCGUGGUUAUUAGCUUCGUCUCAGUGUAGAUUAGAAAGUACAAGAACGUCCAGUGGUUUACCGAAAAGCAAAUCGACGCCGGUAGGAUUGACGGGCGGUAGUGGUAACGUUACUGGUGCAACAAGAUUGGCUCAAUCAAGGCAAACCGGUGUUCCAAGGAGACCUCUGGACUCCAGAGAGGUCAAAAGUUCGCCAGGUACUUUAGCUAGGAAGGAACGAGCGAGACUUCAAGUCGUCUAUAAGCCGCCCUUCAAGUUUAGCGUGAAACUACGUAAGGCCGAUAAAGUGGCUCAAGUGCCACCACCAGCGCCAACUUCGGCGCACAAUAAUCUCACGAGAUCCACGAAAUUGCCGAGAACCGGUGUGUUACUUAAAACUAAGAGAAGAGACAGAGUUAGAAUCGGUAGAGCCAGACAGAUAGCUCCUACUGGAAUAGGAAACGAUAGUGGAGAUUUACCAGAGCCUGCUAAUUCGGAUCUACAUACGGUACCAUCGGAUUUGGAGGUUCUGCUUUCUGAAAGCGAGUUUCUCUUCUCGGACACGUGACCCCAAGAAUCGAUAAUUAUUUCCAUCUAAAAAUUAACAACUUUAUUACCUGCGUUCCCCAUUACUCGGCUGAAGAAAAUUUUAUUUUCGUAAAAAGAAAAAAGAAAGAAUGGAAUGCUGCCUGCCUCUACGCUUCCCUUUUUCUUGUUUUCCUCGUUUUCUUUUAUUUUUCUUUUUCUUUUUUUUUUAUUUCCUUUUUUCUCUCCUUGUCUUCCGAGUUAGACGUAAGUUGAGAAUGAACAAUCGAGUGUGGGUGUCCGUUAAAUGGAUAUUUAAGGGACGUGUUCAAAGGGAUGUGUUCUUAACAAGAUCUAUACAAUAAUGUGAACGUUGGUGAAAGAAGAUGCGACAAUUCUUUUUCUUUUCUUUUUUUUUUGUUUUUUUUUUUGUUUUUUUCUCCCUUUUUUUUGGAAAAUUUCGCGAUCCUAUUACUUACUUGCUAUCUAUUUACAUACAUACUGACGUUUAAUCUUAUUAUCGAUAUUAAACGCCAAGCCAAGAGAAAAAGAUUUCUUCUUUCGUAAAAAGGGGCCAAAUCUACCUUUAAAAAGACUAGAAGAAAUGUAUAUCGACGGAGUGAGCGAUUAAGCAAAGAUAAAAGAAGAGAGGAAGAAGAAGAAAGAAAACAAAAAGUUAUAAACAAAGACGAAGAAGCAAAAGAAGAAAUGUUGUAAAACUGUGCCAGAGUGUUCGUUUAUUUGCAAUUUGCAUUUCAGAAAAAAGAAGAGAGAGAGAGCAUACGUAAAUCUCUCCAUUAUAUAAAUAUUCGUUUAUAUACGAAACGAAGCGCUGCCUACAAGGACAAAAGAAACCUCCCUCCUCUUUUAAAAAAAGAAAAUGAGAAGAAAGAAAUGAAAAUGAGGUGUAAUUUGCUACGUAUUCUUCUUUAUAUCGUCGAUACCAGUAAAUACUUUUCGAUACUACAAAUAAACUAUCGCGAUUGUCACGUUUAAAAGAAGAAGAAAUAGGACAAUUAUAGUAAUGAUUAUAAUAAUAAUUUUUUUAUCUCUCUUUUUUUUUAUUUUUUUAUUUUUUUUUUUUUUUAAACAGUGACUGUUACUGUCCAAGACUGUUUCCUAUUUGAAAGCAUUUUCUAUCGAUCGUUGUCUAUUUACAAUAACUAUCCUCAAACUGCCUAAGUAGUUGUUUCGAUGGAGUUUUCCUAAUGGUUCCUAUUAAUCGGCGAAAUCUGAUAACUUCGAACAAUAGCUUUGCGCCGAUGAUGAUUUGCUCGUUCUCGUUCCAAUCGUUGCUUUUAAAUAUUGAGAUGUACGUAUUAUGCUAUAAAAUGUAUCUACGUUUAGCGAACUCGUUUUAUUCAGUCCAGUGACUUCCAUUUUAUAAAAACACACACGACAUAUAUAUAUAUAUAUAUAUAUAUAUAUAUAUAUCAGGUGUACUGAAGUUAAAAUUUAUUAGCUAGAAAAAAAUUUACAAUCAAAUAUAAUAUUGUCCGUUCUUACCGAUAUAUAUUACCGUAUUUUAUUAGGGUGCUAAUAAUAAUUAUAGAAAGAAAAAAUAAUUUUACUUUAAUUAUAUUACUUAUAUGUAUAUGUAUUCCGUGUGCUUUGAAAUACUUCCUCGUAAUCAAUCUAAUAAGGAUUUACGAGAAAUGUAAUUCGUGUAGAAGAAAAAGAAAAACGAAUCUCUUUUUUGAAUAGUUAAGUUUGCCGAUGUGUUAAGUGUUAAUUAAUUUCAUUCAACAUAUUUUUUUUCUUUCUUUUGUUUUCGCUAUUCGAAAAAGCACAUAAAUUGUGUGGCGAUUCGAGCGCGAUCUUCACUCUAUAAGUAUAUAGGGAAAGAAAAAAAAAAACAUAUACACACACACACACACGCGCGCAUACGGGUUUAUAAGAGAAUGUCUUGUUUAGAGUGUCGAGAGAAUAUACAGAAUAGGUCUAAUGUUCCUGGAUGAUAUUAAAAAUCAAUUACUCUUUUUUCGAGAGGCUUCAAAGGAUAAAUUUUCGUUUUUGUUUUCUAUCAAAUUGUAAAAUUAAAAGUACAGCUUGUUAAACAAUCUAUCCGAGUACAAUCCUAAGUUUUAAAAAGGAAUAAUUGAUUUUUAAUGUCUCAUAGAAACUUUUGGCUCAUCCUGUAUAAUGCUUAUAUAUCCUAUUGUAAUCGCUAAAGUGAAAAUAAAAGAGCGAGAGAGAGAGAAAGAGAGAGCGAGAGAGAGAGAGAGAGAGAGAGAGAGAGAGAGAGAGAGAGAAAUUGCUCGUUAAGUGUAACACGGAUGCGGGCUACUUUGUACAUACAUACAUACAUAAAGCGUGAAAAAAAAUGUGAUUUUACUUUUACAUGACCAGUGCUGCACAUACACAUACACAUGCACGAACAUACAUACAUACACUAAUUACACAAGAGCACUCAUUUAAUCCGCGAGGAUAUGUGAUUUUACUUUUAAGACCAAUCCGUGCUAAGUCGUUUUUUACAGUUAGGAACUUCUCCGAUAGGAGGGCCAGUAACGCAAAAAAAAAUAAAUAAAAUAAAAUAAAAUAAAAUAAAAAUGAAGAAGAGAAGAUGAAAAAAACGUAUCAUACCCCGUUCACUUUUAAGGAUCCGCUUGUUGUGCCUAACUUGCGCGUCGAUCAAAAAAAGUGACCAUUAAUAAUUAAUAAUAAUAAUAUUAAUAUUAAUAUUAAUAAUAAUUAAUAGUAAUAAUAAUAAUAAUAAUAAUAAUAAUAAUAAUAAUAAUAAUAAUAAUGAUAAUGAUAAUGAUAAUACACUGAGAUCGUCUUAAAGACGUUCUUGUAAAAGAAAAUAAAAAGAAAAUGAAUGAGAAAUAGAGGGAAGAGUUGAGGAAAACGGAAAGGAGAGGAUUAGUAAGAAAAAUUAAAUUUUCUUACUGAAUAAGAAAAAUUAAAAAGAAAAAAAAAAGAAAAAAAGAA